UAUGGCGGAAGUCAAAGCAGUAGUAGUACGACUACAACACCCUCAUCAACCUCUCCGUCAUCCUCAUCGACUUCCCAGUCAAGCUCAAAGGCAGUCCACUCCGUUGAUGUGGGCGAAAAAGGGUUCACUUUUAGCCCGGAUACACUCACUGUGGCCCCAGGGGAGAAAGUCGAAUUUCACUUCUAUCCGGGAGACCACUCGGUAGCUCAGGCUUCAUUUGACAAUCCGUGUCACCCUUCCAGCAACACUGGUAUUUGGAGUGGGUUCCAGAACCCAACAAGCGGUGAACAAAAAACGGUCUUCACUGUGACUGUUAAUGAUACAAAUCCUAUCUGGCUAUACUGCGCUCAGGUUGGGCACUGUCAAGCUGGCAUGGUUGCGGUAAUAAAUCCACCGUAA